GUAGCUGCACGGCUGGACGACUUGGUUGAACGGUGUUCAGCCGAGAAAAACCAUUAGGGUGUGUCGUUGGGAUGUAAGUACAUCCCAAUACUGAACAAGUAAGGAGAUGGUGAGUGUGCCUGGAGAAACAGGGGAGUCCUUACUGUCGGCCCUGUCCAAACUGGCCAACCUAGCUCUAUCCGGAAAGAUCCCUGCGGCGGCCAAGAGAGUGUUCUUUGGUGGAAUGUUGACGCCUCUAUUAAAGAAAAACGGGGGUAUUCGUCCCAUAGCUUGCGGUUGCACAUUGCGGCGGCUAUUUGGAAAAGUUAUCAGCCGACGCGUUCAAGAUGAGAUGGGAGAACUAUUUCGUCCCGUGCAGCUCGGUUAUGGUACUCGUGGAGGUGCAGAAGCGGCCGUACAUGCUGCUCGUAAAUUUGUACGGGAUGACUGUUCUGAAGUACAGGUUGUGGACUUUGCUAACGCUUUUAACACGGUCCGCAGAGAUGUGAUGUUGAAGAAAGUGGCGGAAGUUCUUCCUCAAUAUUAUGCGUUUAUCUCCGCGGCAUACAGCACUCCGUCGUCAUUGUUUUGUGGAGACCAAAUUAUUGCCUCUGCCCAUGGUAUCCAGCAAGGGGAUCCACUUGGCCCGUUACUGUUUUGUUUGAUCUCGGCUAAUUUGUCCAGAGAAUUACAGUCCGAAUUAAACAUCUGGUUUUUGGAUGACGGCACGUGCGGCGGGGAUCCGGAUACCGUUUUGGGAGAUUUCAUGACUAUAUUGGGAAAAGCACGCACACUCGGCUUGCAGUUGAAUUUGUCGAAAUGCGAGCUGCACGUUUUUGGUGGCACUGAAUCCGAGCGGAAAGAAGUCAUUGAAAGUUUUCACUCUAUUUCACCUGAGAUUCUGCUGGUUUCGUCGGAGCAGCUGGACCUCCUUGGUGCACCACUUACUGAUUUGGCGAUUGGGCGAGUGUUAGAUGGAAAGAUCGGUCAGAUACGACGUCUGACUGAUCUGCUCGGUGUGUUGCCAGCGCAUCAGUCAUUGUUCCUUUUGAAGAACAGCCUUUCGCUGCCGAGAUUGUUGUUUACUCUUAGGUGCGCCCCGUGUUGGAAGUGUCCAGAUAAACUGCGCCUGUUUGACGAUACCGUGAGGAGAAAAGCGGAAGAAAUUACGAAUGUAGAAAUGUCCGACACCGUGUGGCGACAAGCGAUUUUACCUGAUCGCCUUGGAGGAAUCGGCCUUUGUAGGGCGGAGGAUGUAGCGUUGCCUGCAUAUCUAUCUUCGUGUUAUGCUACGGAUCCUCUGGUCUGUGAGAUUGUCCCGGAUACUGGUCAAAGCCCUAGAGAAAAUGUGGUUAAGGUUUAUCAGGAGAAACUUGGAAGACCCACCGCCUAUGCCGAGCCGUCGUUUCCAGUCAGCGUGGACCGGAUUGUUCGCAUUCUCGCAGACGGUGAUUCGAAAGGUUUCAACGAGGUGAAAAAGAUAUACCGCUGUCGAAAACUGAACGAUCACAGCCAUUUCGGAAAAAGAUUUGCACCGCGUAUAGAAACCAUAAAAAAGAAUUGCAAGGGCGUUCUAAGCGAUGGGAAAAAAAUAUCCGGUCCCGGCCGACUAACAGCUGACAUUGGUAAAGAAAUUGGAAAACUAGUGGCCAGCAAUCUCGUUCGCAACGUUACCUCGACCACACCGUUAGAAGAAAUUGAAAAAUGGGUGAAGGCGCCAUAUUUCCAUAAAAUUUCCAGCGAUGAAAAUCCCCAGCACGAAAGUGGCUGUGAUCCCAAGUACUGCCGUUAUUUGCAAGCGAAAAGUGCCGGUCAGGAAUAUUUCCAUGAUCCAAAAAAGGUCAUUCCGGAAGCCUGUAUGGAAGCCAUCUGGCCGGUAUUUGAAGAGUUGACCACUGAAGAACUGCUCACUAGUUUGCAACACAAUGGCAAUACGGAUCAGUGUGAGGCUUUCAAUUCUAUACUUUGGAGUAUAGAUGGAAAAAAUCGGCUCAGUUCGAAGGGAAAUGUCACUUUCGCUGUGAAUUUGGCAACCUGUUAUUACAAUGAAGGCCGUGAAUGGACCCUGAAAAUUUUCGAAAAAACUGAGAAAAACACUUUUCGAAAAGUAUUUUUUGCGAUUAUUGCGAAAGGUUUUAAACUUUUAUAUUGGUAUGUUGGAGAAUAUAAGCUUUCUACCCAGAAUGACAUCGAAUGAUG